UGUGUUUGAUUGACAGCUGGCAGGAUGAGCUCUCAGCUCCUCAGCAGAGGAACCAGAGACAAACUAAACAGUUUACUGUACAAGUCCUGGGCAGAGAGUGUUGAAGCAGUGGCAUUGAAGAGUUAAGGACCACACCAGCAUUUAAAAGGCCCGAAAUGACAUUUACAGACCCGGAGGUUGCUCAUUGGUGGCGACACAGCCUAACUCCCGGCUGAACCAAAAUGGGCAAAGAGGUGGAUCGUCGGUGGAGCUGAGGCGUCCCGGGUGAUGCAACAGAGGAGACAGCUAGCAGCUAGCGACCGGUCCCGUUCAACAGUCCACAUGAGCGUCUCCAAACCCCCGCCGCCCCCCUCCACCUCCCACCUGGCCCUCCCCCCUUCCUCCAACUCCACCUCCAGCCCUUCCUCAUCCGCCACCUCCCCGGCGGCAACGCCCCACUUCGUCGGUCCGCCCCCUCCCUCGCCGGUCAAGAUCUCUAUGCAGGAGCACUUUGCCAUCAACGUGUGCCCGGGCCCCAUCCUCCCCAUCCCACAGAUCUCAGACUUCUUCCCACGUUUCCACGACUACCCCUGCACGCCACCGCCCCCGAGGGAAAAGAAGAUCCUAAAAGAGGAGACCUUCAACGGGGAGACGGGUGUAGGGUUCAAGGAUGGGGAGAGUAAGGGGGACAACGACGGAGACAGGGAGGAGAUGGCCGACUCCGAUGAUGAAGACACCUACCUGGGUACGUUGGAGUUCACCCUGCUCUUUGAUCAGGAGAACAACUGUCUUCAUUGUACUAUUCACAAGGCAAAGGGACUGAAAGCCAUGGAUUCCAAUGGACUGGCUGAUCCAUACGUCAAGCUUCAUCUUCUCCCCGGGGCUAGCAAGGCAAACAAGCUACGCACAAAAACCCUGAAGAAUACGCUGAACCCAGUGUGGAACGAAACUCUGGUGUAUCACGGCAUCACAGCAGCUGACAUGACUACAAAAACGCUCAGGCUGUGUGUGUGCGACAUGGACAGACUCGGACGAAAUGAAUUCAUCGGAGAGGUGAGAGUGCCUCUGAAGAAACUGAUAGAGGGCGAGAACAAACGCUACAAUAUGGGCCUGGAGAGAAUUCUGCAGAAUAAAGAAGCUAACAAUCAAAUGGUGGAGCAGGGAGCAGUCGUGGGAGAGGAGGAGCGUGGCCGCAUCCUGGUGUCACUGUGCUAUAACACAGAGAAGGGCUGCCUGCUGGUUGGGAUCAUACGCUGUGCCCAUCUGGCCGCCAUGGACUCCAACGGCUACUCUGACCCCUUCGUCAAAAUCAUGUUGCAGCCAGAUAUGGGGAAAAAGUCCAAGAACAAGACUACAGUGAAGAAAAAGACUCUCAACCCCGAAUUCAAUGAGGAGUUUUCAUAUGAAGUUGCCCCGGACCAGCUGGCGAAGAAAACCCUGGAGAUCUCUGUGUGGGACUACGACUUGGGAAUGAGCAACGACUUCAUAGGUGGAGUGGAGCUGGGCAUCAAUGCAAGCGGACAGAGACUCAGACACUGGUUCGACUGUCUCAAAAACAAAGGGAAGAAAGUGGAGUACUGGCAUACGCUCACGCAGCAAGGAGCCCCGAGCGGUGACAAACCGGACUAAAUUACACAAGACAUUCAUGCAUACUAACACACACACACACACACACACACACACACACACACGCAAACACACAUUAACACACACACAUACAUAUGUCUCACUGGAAGAUGGUUGAUAAGAGAGACCAAGUAAAGCAGUAAUAAGAGAAAAGGAUAAAACAUGCAAUAAUAAUGUUGAAAAUAACGCCAAUAAUUACUACACCAAGUAUUAGUAUAUACUAAUAUUAGUGAUGGUAAUAAGGUGUAAUCUGAAUACUUUUUUUUUUUUUAAAGGUGAACCAAAUUGUGACGAUGUCCUCAUUAAAGUGUUGACGUAACAAAACAAUACUCACAAAAUUGUGCUUUAGACCUUACUGUAUUGUGGAAGUCGCUCAUAUUCUGUCAUUCAAAUUUACACCUAAUGAAGAGAUUUGAGAGUAAUGUACUCAAAAUUCAUUCAGUGAAAGGCGCCAAAGGUGUGUGCACGCUAGUGACUCAUAAUGUGGUAUGUAGUUACUGGAGCGGGAAUGUUAUGUACUGAGAAGUUUCUAUUUUAGUGGUUGUUGAUCUGAUGCAAAACAACACACCGUAUUAUAAAGCACAAAAUGAUCCAUUUGGUGGAUUUGUACCUUUACCGUUUCAGUGUUCUUGUUCUUAUGUCUUUCAUUGUCUUUAAGUGACAGUGGCUUUCUAUACACGUUCAUAUCAGACAUUAACGUGUCCGUAUGUGUGUGUGAAUGUGUGUGUGUGCAUGAGGGCUAUGAGAAUAUGAGUGCCUACAUUUUUCUGUCUGUGCAAUAUGUGUGUCUUUCUGUAUUCACGUCACGCCCCAUUCAAAAUGUCUCCGUCCAACUUUAGAACCACAGAGGUGUGAAGAAAUAAUAACAAAGGACAAGAAAUCCUCUGCCACCGCCACCGCCGCCGCCGCCACCACCACCGCAGGCCUCAGUGGUGUGAGCGUUCCUGGCUGGGGGACACUGACAAGCUGUCAAUCGUGUGUGCCAGACCCUUUGCCAUCCCUCUCUCCCAUUGCCCAUUGACAGUCAUAGAGCAACUUUAAGCAUGGAAUAUACCUUGAUGUGUCCCCUCUGACCGCUCUUUUUACUUUCCUGAUGAAAGGCUGAACGGAUAUUGCUUUUUGGAGGUGCCGUUUGUACCUAUACUUUGCUGCAGCAUUAUGAACCAGAUUUCAACAGGAUCCAACCCGGUUUACCUCAGUGACUCCAAUUCUGCUCCAACCAGUGCUCGAAGGGAGCCGGUGUUAUGUUUAAGUCUGUUUCCCUCCUGUUAAAAUGAUAGCGCCCCCUCUCGGUGGCUAGGAUUAGGGAUAAGGGUUGGUUCAGGUUUAGGUAGGUGGAGACGCAUAUUGACGGGGAAACAGUAUUCAACACAACACCAGCUCUUCUAGGUUUUACUCUUUAGUGUACCGUGUCUUUUUGUUAUGCAUCGACACUUCUCACAAGCUGCCGGCAUGCUCCGAGCCAACACGUUCUCAUCCCAACUCAUCAUAUACUGCCGCUUUAUCACA